AUGACAGUUAGAUUCUCCCAAUUGAAUGUCAAGAAAACUCCUAUAAUCACAACUACUCCUGAUGCAUCACCUAUAAUCCAACCUGUUGAAGCUGUUCAAUUACAAAAUGUAACUCCUGACAAACAUGGCUCAGCUGAGGGAAAUAAUUCCACCACUACUACGACCACUACUACUACCACCACCAAUAGAAAUCCACCGAGUCCUAGUAUGUCUGUCCAAACUUCACCAUCAUUGGUUGGAAUACCCUCUUUCUUGGAUUCAGUCGAAGAAGACAACAUGAACUUCCAUUCUCCACUAGAUGAUCUUAUAGAGGCUAACAGAGCAGAACUAACCUCAGCCUCAUCUUCUCAUUAUUCAUACCUCCAUGGUGAUGAGGUUUAUGGGCCGAUAUUAUUCGAACAUUCCUCAAUGGAAGAUGGUAGAAAUAUUUAA